AUGAACCCGUUAAAGUGCGCUUUUGGGGUUUGUUCAGGUAAAUUCCUUGGGUUUGUAGUUCGAAGCAGAGGAAUCGAAAUUGAUCCUGUGAAAAUCAAGGCUAUCCUCGAAAUGCCUCCCUCCAAAAAUUUGAAGGAGUUGAAAGGGUUACAAGGAAGAUUAGCCUAUAUAAGAAGGUUCAUCUCUAACUUAGCAGGGCGAUGCUUACCGUUCUCAAGGCUAAUGAAAAAGGGUAUACCUUUCGAAUGGGAUCAAUCAUGCCAAAACGCGUUUGAUAGUAUCAAGGCAUAUCUCAUGAAACCCCCGGUACUUAUGAGCCCAACCAAAGGAAAACCAUUGUUGCUAUACAUUGUUGCUCUUGACUGCUCAUUGGGAGCCCUUUUGGCCCAACAUAACAAACAAGGGAAAGAACAGGCUUUGUAUUAUCUAAGUCGUACUUUGGUUGAUGCAGAACUCAACUACUCUCCGAUUGAGAAAACAUGUCUCGCUUUGGUGUUCGCCUUGCAAAAGUUAAGACAUUACGUCUUGGAGCAUGAAGUCAAAUCGAUAUCCAAGGCUGACCCUUUGAAGUAUAUACUGUCAAGGCCAAUACUCUCUGGGAAAAUUGCAAAAUGGGCUGUAAUCCUCCAAAAAUUUGCAAUUGAAUAUGUUUCCCAAAAAGCAGUAAAAGGUCAAGCCUUAGCAGACUUUUUAGUAGCGCACCCAAUCCCUGAUGAUUCACCUCUAGCCACUGAUCUACCAGAUGAAGAGGUCAUGCAAGUUGAAGUUCAAAAAGCAUGGGAAAUGUACUUCGAUGGGGCAACAAGGAGUCCGAAUGGCCAAAAGCAAGAAGAUCUAAAAAAUAACAAAUCUGGAAUCGGUGUUGUGUUCGUCACACCAAAUAAUGCCAUAAUCCCUCAUUCCUUUGCCUUGACAGAAGGAUGUUCAAACAAUGAGGCAGAAUAUGAAGCUGUAAUUGCUGGAUUGGAAUUGGCAUUGCAAAUACCGAUCGAAGAGCUCUUAGUCUAUGGAGAUUCUGAGUUGGUGAUAAAACAGUUGCGUGGAGAAUAUAUUGUUAAUAAAGCAAGCUUGGCCCCAUACCACGAAAGGGCUAGCCAGUUGCUUUCACAAUUCAAGAAAGUUAACAUUUUCCAUGUUAAAAGAAGAAUAAAUGCUCAAGCAGACUCCUUGGCAUGUUUGGCUGCCUCACUUUCCCUGCCUGAUAGGGAGACAAUAACUGUUACAGUUGGAGAAAGAAGAGUUCUACGGCCCUUAAUUGAAAUCUCAGAAGUAUUGCCAGUUUUUGGAGCCACAACAAAAGAAGGUGAGGAAGAUUGGCGUGAGCCCUUUAUAAAUUACCUCCAACAUGGUAGGCUUCCAGAGGAUAAAGCAAAAAGGGCAGAGAUAAGGCAUCGAGCCACAAAAUUCAUCAUGUGGAAGGACGCAUUAUACAAAAGAUCCUUAGAUGGAAUGUAUAUGCGUUGCAUAGCCAAUGAACAGGCUCAUGAACUUAUGGCGGAAGUUCAUAGUGGUGUAUGUGGAGCACACCAAAGUGGUCCAAAGUUACAUAUGCAAUUAAAACGCCUUGGAUACUAUUGGCCAACCAUGAUUUCUGAUUGCAUUAAUUAUGCAAAAAGUUGCCAAGUUUGCCAAUAUCAUGGAAAUUUUAUCCAUCAGCCUCCAGAGCCUUUACAUGUGACAACAUGCUCUUGGCCAUUUGCAGCAUGGGGCAUCGAUGUUAUUGGGCCUAUCAAGACAUCAUCCUCUGCGGGUGAUAAAUACAUCAUAGCUGCCACUGAUUAUUUCUCAAAAUGGGCAGAAGCAAUUGCUUUGAAAGAAAUGAAGAGUGGGAAUGUCUCAGAUUUCAUCCGAACCCAUAUCAUCUAUAGGUUUGGGGUCCUUGAUAGUAUCAUAACUGAUAAUGGGCAACCCUUCAGAAGUGGUCCAUUAUACAAGUUAUAUUCCAAGUACAACAUAAAGAUCAACCAUUCUUCGCGAUACCAUGCGCCUGCUAAUGGCUUAGCGGAGGCUUUCAAUAAGACUCUACGCAAAAUUAUCAAAAAGAUGGUUGAGCGAAAUAAAAGAACUUGGCAUGAGAAGUUACAAGAAGCAUUAUGGGCUUAUCGAAUUUCGCAUAGAACUCCAACUCAAGCAACACCCUAUUCCUUGGUGUUUGGGGGGGGAAGCCGUAUUGCCACUCGAAGUACAAAUACCUUCUUUAAGAGUAGCAAUACAGGAAUCCCUAACGGAAGAAGAAAGUGCAAAAAUAAGGAUGGUAGAGCUUGA